ACUACGGCUGGGCGUGUAUGAUUUAUACAGGGCUUAAACUUUGGUCUUAAAGUGAGAAGUCCUUUUACGGCUGUCAUUUGGCGGGUCAUGAGAAUUAAGUGGGUCCGUGAAACAUCGUCUUGUGAAGGGAACUAGAACCUUGUCAUUGCGCCGGUGCUUCUUCACUCAGAGUGAUGCCUUUUAUAUCCUGUUUAUGUGUAAAUCAGACAUUUACGAUGGGAAAAUUAUUUUACUAAAUAGUGGCGGUUUGAAGAAAGUCGGAUGUCUUUGUUUUGGAAUACUGAGCAUUUUAGCUUCAUAUUCAAAAAGUGUGAUAUUCGGAUUAAAAAGAGUUGUGUUUGAGUCAUGGCGAUUUCUUCUUUUGCUUUUUCUUUCAAAAGGAAAGAGUUAUAUGUUCGAGAAUGAAAGUUACAAAUCAUGUUUGACAUAUCGAUGAUAAAGAAACGAUGGAAGCGUGUGCUCCUUACAUUAGGGCUAAUUAUCGCCACUGCACACCUGUAUUUAACACUAUUUGCAGUGCAGGAGAGGUCAUAUAUACGGGAGGGUCGACAUCUAGAUUCCUACGUCAUACAAGGAACAACGGCUGGGCAGACGUUCAACUUGAACAAGGUCACACCAAAAGUCACAAGAGUUGUUGCAAUGGACAAUGACAAAAACAUUUUUUACAAAUUAAACCAAAAACAAUUAACAACAAGAAAUCCAAAUAUUACAACAACCUCAGUCGAUGUCUCUUCAAACACGUCUAGCACACAAGACACGACACAGAUUGUAAAUAUGGUCCCUGAAAUCAGUUACAAUGUUACUCACAUACUAAUUGUAGCCUAUAUUAGGAGUGGUUCGUCUUUGACGGGCGAUAUUCUUCAGCAGGACCCAGAUUCUUUUUAUGUGUAUGAACCUCUACACUUUACAGAGAAGAUGGGAAAGAAGCUUCAGUCCGUGCAACUUUUAAAUGGCAAAUAUGUAAAUAUUGAAAGGAAACUAUUCUUCAAUCGAGCAUUUACAAUCAUCAACUCAUACUUCGACUGUAAUUUUUCUAAUCUUGACUUUGGAACAUUAGUUCACGGAUUUCAGACAUUUGGAAAUAAAACCAAUAAAUUUAUUAAGUGCUAUGUGAAGAAAUUAGGACAAAAGAUAAAUAAAAAACUAGCAACACAAAUGUGUGCGGUAGAACUAGAAAAAAUGUGCCAAAAUUCUAGGUUUCGAACUAUUAAAACAAUAAGGAUACCUAUGCAGUAUGCUGAGGUCUACCUGAAGAGGUACCCCAGUCUUAAAGUCAUUCAUCUUGUCCGAGACCCCAGGGCUCAGGUGAAUUCUAUAGUUUCAUUGGCAAAUACCACGAGAUACAAUGUAGGAUUUGCAAAACAAAAGUGCAGAGCGAUGGAGAGAGACCACUAUUUUUCAGAGGUGUACCGCACCAAGUAUCCGGGACGUAUAAAGCGUCUUUAUUACGAGGACCUAGCGUCUAGUCCCAUAAAAACUUCUGAAUCGCUUUAUGAAUUCACAGGCAUGAACUUUACCUCCGUGGUCCGGGACUAUAUAACUGGUAUCACCAGCGCAGGGCUGAGCAGUUGUGCCAUUUGUAGCAAACGGGCGAACUCUUCUGAACAUGUGGAAAAAUGGCGCCUAAAACUAGCAUUCAAGGAUAUACAGCUCAUUGAUAAAGAGUGUAUGAGUGUUUAUAAACAUUAUGGAUUUCUACCUGUUCAAACAGAGAAGGAUUUAAGUGACCUUUCUAUACCUCUUAGGAAAACAAUAUGAUAAAAUUUUGUUAUAAAAUAUUUGAUCAUAACAUAAACUUCUGUCAGCAGAAUGCCAUCAAGUUCUAUUUUGAAUAAUUCACAUUGAAUUAUUUUAAUGUCACUUAUGUGAGUUCAUUAUCAUUGCUGUAAUUCAUCAAAAAACUAUUUAAUUUAUUUGAAAACUGUUACUGUUUUCCCUUUGCCAAACAAUUUUAUCCUUAUAACAGACUAAAAUCUAA